AAUAUGCAAGAGGAAGCAUAGUAAACGGUACAUCAGGAAUGUAAACAAAAAUAAAAACAUUUAACUCUAAAUCUAAAACUGAUACUUUAAUUAAUUUGAAAUAGAUGUAUUAUUAAGGAAAUUGUUGGGGCUAUUUAAGCUAUUUAAAAGUGAAAUGUCUGUGCAGGAGGAACGCAAUGAAAUCAUACGAGAGAAUAUACCACUACUAGUUAAAGCUCUCACAGGUUUCGCAGAUGAUGAUGAGAAAUUGCGCGGCUACGAACAAAUGGCUUGGUCCAUCAUACGAAACCAUCGCAAUUUAAGCACCAACAGCCAUGAGGUGCGAAGGCGCAUAGAAGGAAUACAAGAAAAAUUCGCAGUCGACAAUAAUUUGGAGUAUGCUGAACAUCUUGGCAGACUAUGCGAUGAGGUCAUUCAACAUCCGCUCUGUAAAGAGCAUUAUGAAGUUGAUAUAGAAUGGUCAUUACUAGAUUUUCUACUAUCGCUUGCAAACAAUCCUACUGGUGCGCUACGAAAAAAUAAAGAUAAAAUUGAUAAGCUCUUAAAGGAACAUGAAGAACUUGUACGUGAAAAUAGCGCUGAAAAUGAGACCGAGUAUUGGAAGAAAGUGCUACAGGAAGAUUUUAUACCAUUGGAACACUCUUAUAGUAGUUCUUCGGAUUUGAGUUACUGGUCGGAUGCAACAAUAGAUGAGAUUAUGGGUUUAUAUGCAAACUAUGAAGUCAGAUCAUCAGAUGAGAUUUCUUUUCCUACAAGAUCCAACACACCGUUACCACCUCGUGGAAUGGAAGAUUUAAAACCACCACGAAGAUGCUUUUCCUGCACUACGUUCGAUAGCAAAUCGGCCGAGAAACGACUGCUAACUACGGUUCAAAAUUCUUGGUGGGAGAAAGGUGUUAGAAUAGUGCAGCCGCAUAUAGAAAGCACAAAUAAAGAAGCGAAUUUCGCAUUAGAAUACCAUAAUCUUCAUAAAACUGCAAGAAGUCAACGUCAGCGUGAUCCACCCGAAACAGCUACGGAAUAUUGUUUGUUGCGUGAAAUUUUUUGGAUGUUUCAGGUGCCGCAAACAUGCAAAUUUUUUCAUGUGAAUGGUGAAAACAUUAAAAUUAGAAAAAAUGUCACACUGACCAGCACAAGAUCGAUUGCUCUUUGUUCAAUGUUAGAAAAUCAUUUUCUGCCUUAUAUACGCAUGAUGCAAGAGUUGCGCAAUUUCAGCAAACUCAUAUACGGUUCGGAUGAUUAUACACCGCCAAAUACAUUAGAACAUUAUGCAGCCAGCUUGGAACUACUACUCGACCCUAUCUGGAAUGAGUUGCUGGCAUGCGAAAGGACCUUAAUAACUCAACCUGAUUGUGAAAUUAACACUGUCAUCAGCUUGCACAAUAAAUUGCGACCAACAUUUGCUAAACUUUCCAUUUUGCAUAACAUACAUCAACAAGCGGUCUUGAAUAUACGCCAAUUGCCAGCGCAUAUCUCAAGUACGCACUUAUUAGCCGCUUUAAUUCACUGCAAUCGAACUGCGACAACUGCACUUGAAGCGAAUUUAGCGAUGUCGCUAUUCCUCGCUUCAGUAAGAGUGUUCUUAAUCAUUGCCGACACAUGGUGGACCGAAGGCCGCCUGGAUGAUUGGCAUAAUGAAUUCAUUAUCGAACGUGUAAAUGAAUCGGGUCAAAGUAUACGUGUGCGUGAAUUUUAUAAGAAUAAAGAGAAAGCAUUCUUCGUGUCGACACAAGUUUCAAAAAUGAUAACUGAGAAUAGUUUUUUCCAACUAUUAUUGGAACAUUCACUCGAAGCUGGCUGCACGUUAAAUCUGCUCUAUGAAAUUAAUCGUAUUGGCGAAUUACGUAGCGCUUGUGAUGCCAUUGAGGAUAAAUUAUACAACGUUUUCAUCGAAGAUGUAUUGAGACAUGUGCGCAUUUUGCAAAAACAAAUCACCGAAGCAGCAAGAGAGGCCAAAGAGAAUGACAGGCUGGAAAUUGAAAGUGAUGAAAUGUCGAACAAUGUCGAUGAAGUUGAUGAAAUAGGUGGUGAGGCAGAAGUCAGCGAAACAGAUAAGCGACAUACAUCGCAAAACUGUAAUGACGAUGACCAAAUACUCAAAAAAUUAACAACAAAUGAUGAUUUUCUACUACUGGCUUUCACAAUGAAUAUGGAUUUAAAUGAUACUGAGACCGCAUCGGAAGAUCAAUGCGAUACGCUUAACAAAGGUGGGCCAACAAAAAACGAGGAAACGACUGCUUUGGAGAUUUUCGAACAAUUCCAACAAUCGAAAAAUAUACUACCUACAGAGGAAGUAGUUUUGAAUGCAUUGAGUCGCAUACUCAAAACCCGUAUUGCAUUCGCAAACUCGUUUGUAAUGCGGUUGUAUCGGGAAGAGUUCGAUAUUUUGAAGCAUUUGCGGAACAUACGCAAAAUAUAUUUACUAGAGGCGAGCGAUAUAAUGCAUCAGUUCUACAGUAAACUAUUCAAACAGAUCGAAUCAGGCGAGGGCUGGGCCAAUGCGUUUUCACUAACCUCACAACUGGAUGAUAUAAUAUCUGCUAAAUUCCCAGACAUGUCUUCAUUAUUUCGUAUUGAAAUCUGCUCGACAUUUGGAAGUCGCACCACUAGGGUCCAUGAAGCAGUUGCGGAACUUUCCUUGUCAUACAAUUUAAGCACCGAAUUAGCACAUAUGAUAACACCAAUUGACUUAGAGGCAUAUAAUAAAGUAUUUCGCUUUCUACUCAAAGUCAAAUGGGGCCUAACAACUUUGGAAAAUCUACAAUUUCCACGUGCGCACAAACGCCGAAGACCCUAUGCGCCAUACGAAAUGGCCGAUUUGCUAAUGCGUCGUCUCGAACAGUUACGCUUUUGGAUGCUAUUCGCUCUACAGAGUCUACACUUUCAUUUCAUGACACAUGUGCUGCAAGCGAUGGGCGAGCAAUUAGAUGAAAAGAUCAUGAAAUGCACGAAUCUCAAAGAAAUGGUAACUGUGCAUCGCUCAUAUAUGAAUACAGUAUGUGAACAUUGCUUUCUGACGGAUAAUUUCGCCUCGUUGAAAACGGGAGUGGAUCAGCUACUGAACUUAACAUAUAUUUUACGCCUGGAAUGGAAUAGUUGUGUGAAAUACAUUGAAGUUAAGCGUAAUCCCUGGGCGGCGGUGGAUAUGAACAUAAGUUCUGAAGAGCUUGAUUAUGUUGCACAUACACAGAUCGAAGCCAUAGAGUUGACAUAUAUACGUUGCCAUCAGUAUAUGGCAAAUAAGCUAAACAUUGAAGUAUACGUUGAAAACAAUUCAUUUCUGUUGGGCCUAAGCACUGCCUUCAACACCAGUUUACCAUACUAAUAAUGCAUACAUGCAGAUUUAUCAUUAAUACUCAUACAUUUGUUAUCAUUAAUAUUUAAUAAGUUUGUUGAAACCUUCGAAACGCGAAAAAAAUUAUGAAUUAUGAAAUACCGAACAAUUUAAUUGAAAA